GUCUCGGGCUAUCCUGGCCCCCCAACCUCCCUACACAGCCCCGACUAUUCUGGCCCCUAUCUCCUCGCCCCCAGCCUCCAACUAGCCCAUCCCCCACACUUUGCCCCUGCCCAGACCCCAACUAUUCUGACCACCCUGCUCCCACAUCUGGUCUCCCACCCAUCCUCUACACACAGCCCCUGACAAUCCCAGCCCCUCGCUCCCCUGCCGAUCCCCCGUACACAGCACCCAACUAUCCUGGUCCUCCCAUCUUCCAAACUUGGCCCAUGCCCAUCCCCCCACCCACCUCUGUCCCAUUCAGACACAUACACACGCAUCCCUGCGCACGCAGCACACAGUCAGUGUCACCAUCAGCCCACACGCACACGUUAUCUUGAGCCAGUCACUGAAUGUCUCUGUGCUUCAAUUCCUACUGUGUAAAAGGAUGUUAAUAGUACUUAUUGAAACUCUCAGGAGGGAUUUCUAUAAGAUUCUGGGGGUGUCUCGCAGUGCAUCAGUAAAAGACAUUAAAAAGGCCUAUCGGAAACUGGCUUUGCAGCUUCAUCCGGACCGAAACCCUGAUGAUCCGCGAGCACAAGAAAAGUUCCAGGAUCUAGGUGCUGCCUAUGAGGUGCUCUCAGACGAGGAGAAGAGAAAGCAGUACGACACAUAUGGCGAGGAGGGAUUGAAAGAUGGUCACCAGGGUUCCCAUGGAGACAUCUUCUCACACUUCUUUGGGGACUUUGGUUUCAUGUUUGGAGGAAGUCCUCGUCAGCAAGACAGGAAUAUUCCACGGGGAAGUGACAUCAUUGUGGACCUGGAAGUUACACUGGAGGAAGUGUAUUCAGGAAACUUUGUGGAAGUUGUUAGGAACAAGCCAGUAGCCAGGCAGGCUCCUGGCAAACGGAAAUGCAACUGCCGGCAGGAGAUGAGGACCACCCAGCUAGGCCCGGGGCGUUUCCAGAUGACUCAAGAAGUUGUCUGUGAUGAGUGUCCCAAUGUCAAGCUUGUGAAUGAAGAGCGAACACUAGAGGUAGAGAUAGAGCCAGGCGUGAGGGAUGGCAUGGAGUACCCCUUCAUCGGGGAAGGUGAACCCCACGUAGAUGGGGAGCCAGGUGACUUACGCUUCCGAAUAAAAGUUCUCAAGCACCCAGUCUUUGAAAGAAGAGGAGAUGAUUUGUAUACAAACGUCACUAUCUCGCUGGUCGAGGCACUGAUAGGCUUUGAAAUGGAUAUUGCCCAUUUAGAUGGGCACAAGGUUCAUGUUGCCCGAGAUAAAAUCACAAAACCUGGGGCCAAACUGUGGAAAAAAGGAGAAGGUCUUCCAAACUUCGAUAACAACAACAUCAAAGGCUCACUAAUCAUUACUUUUGAUGUGGACUUCCCCAAAGAGCAGCUCACAGAUGAACAGCGGGAAGGUCUCAAACAGCUGUUGAAACAAGGAUCUGUGCAGAAGGUGUACAAUGGACUGCAGGGAUACUAACACAACAGAUUGGACUUGAUUGCAAAUGAAGAAAAAUGAAAUCAGUGAUAUUUAUCUGCAGUCUUCUUCUGCCCCUUGUAGAACAAAAAGGAGGGAGGGUGGAGCGAUGGUUCAAGCUGAUUUUUGCAAAUGGUGAAGGUGGUCAGAUGGCUUAAGGAAAAUAUUUCCUUUUUCAGGGCAUAACUGGUGCUGCCUAUAGAGUUCCCGGUAGUGGAGCAAUGAGAAAAGCCCCUGAAGAAAGAAAAUGGGCAUGGGGGUGGGGGGGAGGUGUUAAACUCAGUGCAAAUUGGAAAUUCUGGUUUUUAAAUAUAUUUUGAUGUUACUUUU